GACUGAACCCGGCGUUUGUGGGAAGGCGGCGCUACUGCCCGGCCACAGACUGCACUUUGCCCCUGCUCGGCCUCAGCGUCCGCGUGCCCUGACGCCAGCAAGCCCCCUCCCAAGAGCAGCGCCUGCUCGGGAGCUCGGGCACUGGCCCCGGCACGCAGCCCUCCGAGCGCCGGAUGCCUCCAGGGUCCCCAGGGCGGUGCACACCUGCGAUGGCCGCGCAGCUGCCCUGGUGAUGUGUGGUAUAAACACUACGAGUGAAGAGUGGUGAAAGGGAGCACUGAUUACCAAGUGGCCUGGCGAGAGAAAGCACUGGUCCACAUCUUGUGGUGGACAGACCUUCACUGUCUUCCCAAAAUGCUGCUGAAGUAGUCUUGCUGCUGCUCUCCUUCACUCAGUCAUAACACCUCUACAACAUGGGCUGCAUGAAAUCAAAGCAAACUUUUCCAUUUCCUACCACAUUUGCACCAGAGAAGCAAGAUGAGAAUGAAGAAACCUUCAUGCCAGAACAGGAAUUUCUACCUAGGAUGCCUUCUCCAGUUCAUGUCAAUGAGGAAGUGAAGAAACCCCCAGUGCCCAACAUUGUGGUGCUUGAAUAUGCACACCGUCUAUCCCAGGAAAUUUUGCAUGAUGCCCUGCAGCAGUGGGCACGCAAUAACAUCAAGUACUAUGACAUCCCAUACAUUGAGAGUGACAGCGAGGGCCUUGAUGCUGUAGGAUGACAACUUUGUUGACCUGUGGAUAUAGUUGGUGCUAGUUUAAAUACAUGAAACAGAAGCAAACGCUGGUGUGCAUAUAAGUACAAAUAACUCCAUCUGGAUGUAGAAACUUGUCUAUGAUAAUGUCACUGGUGUAGGAAAACCUAAGAUGAAAUGUGUUUUAAGCAGUUCUGUGUUAACAGUAAUUUCUACCUGCUGGUUUUUGAAGUUUGGUUAUACAAGGGCCAAACGAGGUCCUGUGGCACCCAGUAAUCAUCUGGAGGUCACACCACUUUCUUCCUGAGGCAUAAUGGCACCACCAAAGAAAAUGCUAAAAGUAUCCCAGGUUCUAAAUGGUUAAAGUCACUUCUUUAAAAUAA